AUCAUUCCCACGUUUUUAUUCAAUUCAAAAAACCCAAAAUCCAAAAAAAAAAAAAAACCUUCUCUUUUCUCUUCUCUUCUCUUCUCUUUCUACUGUUCUUUCUUGCUUUUCUUCUUCUUCCGCCUUUUUCUUCUUCUUCUUCAAGCUUCGUUAACUGAGUCUCAUUGUUCAGAAGAAGGAUCACAACACCAUAAUCGGAGAGUGAGUAACCAUCCAAUGACUUGGUAGGCUUAUAUAUUAACAAAAAAAGAAAAGAAAAAAGAGUAGAGAUUAGAAUUGAAGUUGACAGAGUUUCAUGACCCCUUGUUAGCAAUCUUAGCUUAAGAUUUGCAGAUGAAGAAGCUAUUCUUUUUCAGAUCCUCUGCCACUGGCACUGGAAACUCGAAUAAUAAAGAAGAAAGUUACCCUGAGAAUCUGUCAUCAAGUCAAGCCAGUCACAUGGCUGAGAGUAGUUUUCCAAGUCCCAAAGGCUUGUUUUCCAAGUCUCGAAAACAAGUAUCUGAUGUUCAGAAUUCGAGUAAUAAUACCCCAGUUCUUAGGAGGAGUCGUUCUAUGUCAUCAGCAGCCUUUGUUGGUGUUGAGCCAGCACAAUGUGAUUUCUCUUCCUCAAGAAAUCAUAGUAGAUCUCCCACUCCUAGUGUAAGGAGUGGUGGUGUCCCUCAUCAGCAUAGUGAUCGUUCCCUUCGUUCUCUUACACCCGAGAGGCGAACAACCAAGCGUUUUGAAAUGCCAGCUUUGCAGAAUACACAUGGAGUAGGGAGACAUGGUUCUGCUUGUUCUCCUAAGAAGCACCAUGAUUCCUCUGGAAGCUCUUCCACUUCCUCCAGUAAUGUCUCGAGUAAAGUUGUGGAUCGCUACAUUGAUGGGGAGCAACACCAAGGACAGAACAAACCUGAACACAAUGCUCAGGGAAAUUUGGGUGGAAGUAGUGGCAAAGGAGGCAAUUGGCGCCCUCCACGCGUGCAGUAUGCCUCACCUUCUUCUCCAGCAGAAAGUGUCAAAGAUAAACGAAGAGGUCAUUCAUUUAGAGAAUCCAAAAGCUCUCAUCUUCGUUUCUCCUCUACAGACUUGGCUGAAUAUGGAUUUGGUCACGAAUCACCCCGCAGACUUGCUAAGAAUGUUGUUGAGAGGCUUUCACAGCCUCGUGUUCAGGAAACUAGUCAAAAGGAGAUUAGCUACGACAUGCCAGUUACACUCGAAGACAUUUAUGGUGGAUCCAUGAAUAGAGGCUUUGAUGCUAAUUCUGACAUAGUUCCUCCAAGAAAUUAUUCACUGGAUGAACCUUGUGAAACUGUUAAAAAAUACCAUGGGGAGGAUGAUAAUGAUUAUCCAUACUUCCAAAAUAAAGUGGUUGGAGAUCAUUGUGAGGUUUUGGAGGAAAUGGAUGUGCACUUAAAGAGAAGAUCUAAGGAAGCUGAGGAGAAGGUCAUGGUUUUAUCUGAAGAACUCGAGCAACAAAGCUUUCUACAUGGAAGUGGAUUUGAUGUGCAGUCUUUGAUUCAGAAAAUUGGGGAACUUGCUGAGGAAAGAGUAAGCUUGGCACAUGAUGUUUCAAGCCUUCUGCAUUCACAAAUUGCUGAACGAGCUUCGUUCAAGGAAGAACUUAGACAUGCGAAAGAAGACCUGAAAUGCCAAACCCGAAGACUAGAGAAGGAAAAAUAUGAGUUACAAUCAGCACUGGAGAGGGAGAUAGACAGGAGGUCCAAUGAGUGGUCAAGUAGGCUUGAGAAAUAUCAGUCAGAGGAACAAAAGCUUCGUGAGCGAGUUAGAGAGCUUGCAGAGCAAAAUGUAUCACUUCAAAGGGAAGUCUCAAGUUUUAGUGAUAAAGAUGCAGAGAGCAGAAGCAAGAUCACCUAUUUUGAGCAACAAUACAAGGACCUGACCGAAAGGGUGGACAACAUGAAAGAGGAGAAUCAAGAUCUUCAGAAGAAUCUUACCGAGUUUCAAGAGAACUAUAAAGCUGCAGAAGAAAAUCGGGUUUGUGUACAAAAGAAUUUUGAAAACAAAGAGAAAGAAUGCAGAGAACUACACAAGUCUAUCACAAGAUUAUUAAGAACCUGCAGUGAACAAGAGAAGACAAUUGUUGGUUUGCGAGAAGCCUUUGAUGAGGAACUGGAGAAGAGCCAACAGUUAGGGAAUUUCGAUAAGCAUGUGGCAAGGUUGCAAAUGGAGCAAAUGAGAUUGACAGGAGUGGAGGUGGCCUUGAGAAGGGAGUUGGAAACUUUAAGGCUUGAAGUUGAUUCUCUUCGACGUGAGAAUAUGAAUUUAUUAACCAGGUUAAAAAGCAAUGGAAGAGAAGGUGUUACUUUAACUAUUCAGCUCGAUAAGGAAAUGUGGACUCGCAUUUGCUGUUUACAAAAUCAAGGACUGUCAAUGUUAACCGAAAAUUCACAGUUAUGCUCAAAAUUACUUGAAUUUGUCAAAGGCAGAAUUGUCCAAUGUUCAGAUACAAAGCAUGGAAAUGAAGCUAUCAAGCAUGGUUUAGAUGGGCACUUUGUCAUGGAAUCUGAAAUGAAAGUUCAAGGAAUGAGACGCGAGAUUGAAAGCUUAUCGAGGAGUUUGCUGACAAUUUCCAGUUUGUUGGAUGACAAGUCCAAACUAACAGCUUCUAUAUUUCAGCCAAAGAACAUGGAUGCAAACGGUUUGGUGCAUUCAAAUUGGCAAACUCCAGAGGACCAUAUAAAGUAUGAACUCAAAGCAGAAACUUUGUUGACAAGUUUAUUGAGAGAAAAAUUAUAUUCUAAAGAACAGGAGGUUGAACAGUUACAAGCUGAGCUUGCAACAGCUGUAAGAGGUACCGAUAUACUUCAAUGCGAAGUCCAAAAUGCAAUGGACAACGCUGCCUUUGUCGCCCACAAGUUGAAAGAUCUUGAACUUCAGAUGCUUAAGAAGGAUGAUACUCUUAACAGUAUCCAGAAUGAUCUUCAAGAAUCGAACAAGGAGUUAACCGUUAUGAGAGGUAUGCUGCCAAAAAUCUCUGCAGAGAGAGAUUUGAUGUGGAAUGAAGUGAAGCAAUAUAGUGAAAAGAACAUGCUUUUGAACUCUGAGGUUAAUGUACUGAAAAAGAAGUUAGAGUCUCUCGACGAAGAGAUACUUCUCAAGGAUGGUCAGAUCACAAUCCUAAAAGACACCAUAGGGAAGAAGAAACCUUUCGAUCUUCUCCUAUCGAGUCCUGACUCAACACCAGACUUUUGUCUCCAAUAAGAACUAUACUUGUUGAUAGUUUUAUACAUUUUUCAGGUUUUUUUUGCAACUGAUCAGUUUCAUACUUGUAUGUAGUUUGCUUACUUACCUUUCAUACCAAGUAAUUGUGUUUCAGCAGUGUGUCAAUGAAUGUGUUGAUUCAUUUUUAUUUUUUAGUAGUUACUCUGUUUGUAUUGGGAAGAUCAAUGAAAUAUAAUUGGGUGUUUGUGCUACAA